CUCCAUUCACUAACACACAGCCCCAGAGAGAGGGAGAGAGAGAGACAGAGAGGGAGAGAGAGAGAGAGAGAGAGAAGUUCACAGAUGAAGCUUUGCGUUACAGGAACAAAACACCCCGCCGGCUGAAGUGGACAGGAGACUACACACCGAGCGCCGAGCUGGAGGUUCAGUUUGGCUUCUUGCUUUAAAAAAGAAAGACGAAGAGGAGAGGAAGAAGAAAAAAAAAAUAACAAACGUUGUUAUAUAACCGGAAGAAGAACGUCAGUGAGGCUGUAGCUUACUCACAGGCGCGCGUGAGUCAUUGAUAAACGCGCAGGCAUUUCUUAGCGCAGUCGCAUGAAUGGACGGAUCCGGAGCGAGCCUCCACUUCACGCUUUAACCAAAACAACGAGCUUUUUGCAUCUCUUGAGCAGCAUCGAGUGCGUGCCAUUUUUAUUAUUAUUUUUGUUAUUAUUAUUAUUAUUAUUCCUAUUUUUUUUUUUACGCCGCGUGAGCGCGAGCGUAUGCUCCGGCCUGGCCUGGUGAAACGCCGCGGCCUCUGGACCCACGACGCCUCGCACCCCGGCCCGUAACGGAAACCCCGAUGCUCGAUAAGUUCCGACCCGCGCAGCUCGACACGGCAAUGGCGAUCAGCAAGAGCGUGGCGUGGCUGAGGGAGCAGCUCGAGACGCGCCGCGAGCGCCUGCUCGUGAUGGACUGCCGCGCGCGCGAGCUCUACGACUCGUCGCACGUCGAGGCGGCCAUCAACGUGGCCAUCCCGAGCCUCAUGCUCCGGCGACUCAAGAAGGGCAACCUGCCCGUCAAGUCGCUGCUCUCCGACGGACAGGACCGCGAGCGGUUCGCGCGCCGCUGCAGGACCGACACCAUCGUGCUGUACGACGAGUGCAGUCGCGAGUGGAACGAGAACGUGGACGGCGGCUCGGUGCUCGGUUUACUGCUGCGGAGGAUGAAGGACGAGGGAUACAAAGCCUUUUACCUUGAAGGCGGUUUCAACAAGUUCCAGGCCGAGUGUCCGGGACUCUGUGAGACCAACCUGGACGGCUCGUGCAGCGGAAGCGGCUCUCCCACGUCGCACGUGCUGGGCCUCGGUGGCCUGCGCAUCAGCUCCGAUUCGUCGGACAUCGAGUCGGAUGCAGACCGCGAGCCCGGCAGCGCCACCGACUCAGACGGCAGCCCGGCGUCCAACCCCCAGCCGUCCUUCCCGGUCGAGAUCCUGCCGCACCUGUACCUGGGCUGCGCCAAGGACUCCACCAACCUGGACGUGCUGGAGGAGUUCGGCAUCAAGUACAUCCUGAACGUGACCCCGAACCUGCCCAACCUUUUCGAGAACGCAGGAGAGUUCAAGUACAAACAGAUCCCCAUAUCGGACCACUGGAGCCAGAACCUGUCGCAGUUCUUCCCAGAGGCCAUCAGCUUCAUCGACGAGGCUCGAGGUCAGAAGUGUGGCGUCCUUGUGCACUGCCUUGCCGGUAUCAGCCGCUCCGUCACGGUGACCGUGGCCUACCUGAUGCAGAAGCUCAACCUGUCCAUGAACGACGCCUACGACAUCGUCAAGAUGAAAAAAUCGAACAUCUCGCCCAACUUUAACUUCAUGGGCCAGUUGUUGGACUUUGAGCGCACACUGGGACUGCAGAGCCCAUGCGACAACCGAGCCUCAGCGCCGUCGCAGCCGCUCUACUUCAGCACGCCCACCAAUCACAACGUCUUCCAGCUCGACGCGCUCGAGUCCACGUGAGAUGAUGAGCACGGCUGCAGAAGGUGCCUGACCAUCCCAAUGUGGCUUUCUGUCUUUUUCCUCUCUCAAACGGAGGAGGGUUUUCCAGACGUUUUUGACGCAGCUGGCGCAAGAUGCCAACUGUCGUGAGUUAGCCAAUGACGCGUCAAUGCGCUUGGCCUGAAGCAGAAAGGCAGCUGCUGUACUAUUGGGACGGAGAAACGCAGCUCUGUAUUUGUCUCAGACUCUGUAAGGUAGUUCCUGCUUUCUAUCUUCGUACUCAAGCAUGUGAAGACUGUCAAAAUGAGGAACUUCUGGCGUGCCAAAGAGACUGGAAUUGGACAGUUUAAAAAAAAGUAACGAGAGACUUAUUUUAUUUCUGUUUUUUUUUUCUAGCACUUGCACCUUCACGUUUUUUCGGGUGUGCUCUUCUUGUCUUCAGUGAAGACUUGCCUGUAUUUGGGGAUUAAAAAAAAUUACAAACACCCUCGUUGACGAUGGCACAGUAUAGUGUACUCCAGUUUGUUUGUGUGGAGACACUUUUGAAUCGUUUAUACGUGUGUAUAUUAAGGACAUUAUCAUAGCCACAGUAUACCUGUUAUGAAAAAAACAGGUACCGAAUCUUUUUUUGUCUUCUUUUGUCAUUUAAACUGAAUAUUGAUCAAUAUUAUCUAUGAGUUAAAUGCCAAAAAAGAAACUGAAUAGGUUUUGUGAGAUCAUAAAUGUGUAUAAUGUAAUAUAUUUCUUUUUCUUUGCUUUAUAAACGAGCCUUUAUCAGCCUUUUCUUACGCAUCCUUCCACCCUCUGAGAGUCACCUUGUUACCCCUGCCUUAGGUCUUCUGUACAUAGGAGUAUCGUCGUGCAUUAACUUCUCCAAGCAAUUCCUCAUUAAGCUUCUCUGUCACCGGCUGUCAGAGCUAUAAACUAACGGCACAUUCAGAAAGUAUUGUUCAAACUUGUAUCAGUAUGUGUUCGAGUCGAGAAUAUGGCUGCAUGCUCAUGAUGAAUCUAGAACCAGGACGCCUUGAUUACAUUUUUUUUUGUUUAAAGUCGAGAAUGAUGGAAGAUCGAAGCGGGUGGUCUUUGUUUUUUUUUUUUUGUGCGAUUCGAGGUCUCUGAAAUGUCGGCAAUGCGGGAGACGUUCGUAAGCCUCCGCUCUUCAGGGAAAUUCUGUGAAAUGCAAUUUAUUUGUCUGACGUGGAUUUAAAUGGGAACCUGGUUCCCUCAAAGCAAAGGCCUGUUCUGAAGGAGGAAGGUUCCACUUUGGGACCCGUCCUUCCAACCCUACGAAUGUAAAGAGAUGAUAAGUUAUUAAUAAAUUGCUAUUUUGUCUAUUCAAACCUA